AUGGUACUUAUCUGCCUUUUCGGGAGGCGCCGGGUGUACAGAUGUACUUGGAACCCCCUACAGUGUCUAGAGGGACAACCAUCAGCUCCGGGAAGGUCGGACUGCACGCGGGUUCUGUGGCGGCUAAGCAUAUUCCUGCAUCCAAGGGCAUUCCUUUGCAGGCACCACAAUUUGUUGGUUCUUCUGCCUUUCCCGACUCGGCUAUCGCUCCUCAGGCUUCCCCAAGUGGAUCGUUGCCUCCAACGAGUCAGGACCAGUGGCUGGGGAUUCUGCAUAGUUUAAGCAGCCAGUUUGUCAUCAGAUAUUUCUUCGUGCGUCGUUUUUCUUUUGCUCUGUCUUUCAAGGCAACGCUCGAGGAUGAGGGCCCAGAAAACCACCCAUUCUAUCGUUUGCCAACGGCUAGCUAUUCACAGAAUCUUAUACCCUUUAGUUUCGAACGGGUCAACAUGUAUAAACGACGAAUUUCGCUUCCCUAUGUUCUUACGCCAGUUCAGCAGCUUCUGGCUAAACUGCGGCUCCCUCGAGACGAUCUUCAGUCUUUAAUAUUUCUUUCCGAGAAACUAGUUAAGAUUGCAUUCAGUAUGGACACCUUUCCGAAGGGAACUAUCCCCCUCUACGAAGUACAGGAAUCGGUCAUGCGGCGAUUUCUUAUAGCGGAUGCACUAUGGAGCAUUUGUGUUGUGGUCGGUUCGUCAAUGCAGAAGGAGAUGUGGUGGGACCAAGUGAUGGAUAUCUUGGCGUUCUCUCCAAAUGUGCAAAUAUCCAGCGCACGAGGUAAAGACAGCCGUCUUCGGCUUGUCCGUCAGUUCAUCGCCGCACUUUGUAUAUACCGGGAGGGACGGCGUCCUUCGGCUGAGGAGGUAAUUGAGCUCAAAAGAGAAGUGCUUUUCUCCCCGGAUGCCCCGGCUCUGUUCCGUGCACGAGGGGGUCACAGAAAAACUUCCACCGUGCGAGCUUUUAGGCAACCAGUAUUACGCAGGAAGUGGAUUAGGGACGGGGUAUACAAUGCAGAGCCGGCAAAGCCCACCAAGAUUUGGUUGAGCUGGUGGAACUGGGUAACGGAGAAAGGCGCAAGUAAUCCUCAGGUUCCCAAGUUCUCCUCCAAUGCACAGGGGCUCUACGAUCCCUCAGCAGGCCCGCCGUUGGAGUUUUCUGAACAACAGACGACCUACGCCCCGCAAUAUUAUUCUGGAUAUCCGCACGUUCACUUGACCAGGAGCGCCAAAGAUCCCGUUAUUGCAUUAGUCCCUGAUACAACUCAUCCUGCACUGGGUUUUGCUUUUUCUCUGGAAUCAACCGGUUACAAGCGCUUGCACGAUGCGGCUAUCCUUUCUCCCGCUUAG